AGCCGUUUUCUGAUCCAGUGCUGGAGCGAGUUUUCCAGCUUUGAUGCUGUUUUGGUAGCGCGGCAGAUGCCCUUCACGGGUAUUUGCUUAGAUGAACAUGGCAACCGUCGCAGCGUGCAGAUUUACUAUGACGGCUUGAUUUCAUACAUCAAAUUCUAUCCAGAGAAGUUGAACAGGCUGCCCAUUAGCCUUUUCUAUCCUGGAAACGGUGGUUGCGCGGAAGAGUGGUCUAUGCAGGUCAGGAUCAGUGAGUCAGAAAAGACCAAGCUCCUUAUUUUGUCACUAUUCCCGGGCUCCAGCGCUGGAGAGAACAACCCUGCGGCAUCCAAGUUGCUGGCGCAAAGCGCGCGCGACAAGGGCGUUCACUAUUUGAUGGGUCCUGUUCUGUUUGUGGCGAAGGCAUUGAAAGGUGGCGCUAACCACAAUGCAGACCUCACACUGAAGCAGUUCAACGAUUGGCUCGGCUUGCCCCAGGAGGAGGAGCGUCCGCCAGCGGCUGAGAGGCAGCGCCCCACAGCACUUGCAGCACCACCACCUGCUGCAGCGCAGCCGAGGGCCAAAGCACCAUCGCUAGGCUGCGAGAUGAGUUAUCCUGCAUUGGGCGGUCAGCCCCAGCAACCGCUGGCAAGUCGGGCAAGCCUCGGAAGUGGCCAAACAAGGACUCCAACCAUUGGCCACGCAACAGCUCCAAGAACCAGCCAGCCAAUGGCUGCAACAACUGGCCAUCCAACGGCUCCAGCAAGUGGUCAAGCAACCUCCACUCAAAAGCCCGAAGCAGAGCCAUGCGGGUCAUGUUUGAUCUUUUACGAGGAAGCGCGGCCACCGACUGCGAGCGCGUCUGGUGGGCGUCCAGAGCAGCCUUCACAGGCAUCUUCCUUCACCACUGCUACUUGCCUAUCCCAGCAUCAUCCAGAAAUUUCAGAAGCACGCGCUACCCAUAGCAACGGGCCUGCUUCUGAUUCCGCAUUGCCACGCAUUGAGCGGAUGAAGGUGAAGCUUCAGGCGUGGGUGGACAGCCGCAGCGGCAGCGAGACGCAGCAGCUUACAAUCAACGAUGCAGAUGCAAGGCAGGCUUUGGAAGCUCUUGACGACGGAAAGCUGGGCGAGUUAUGUGCGGUUGUGCACGCAGAAGUGCCCCACGAACGUCGAGUUAGUGAGGCGAAGGCUUUCAAUGGUUCUAGGUCUGCGAAACUGGCUGAGGUCGAGUCGGAGUGGUUAGACACCUGGCCCGCAGCCUGCGGACUGUCCGAAACCAUGCCCUUCCAACUCAGUCCAUUUCAACAAGAGGCAUUGCAGGAACGCGGUCUUGUGCGACGGCCUGUACUCGGUGAUGGCGAUUGCCAGUUCCGCGCCUUUGCCGAUGAGGUCGGCAGGCAUGCCCAGGAAGUGCGCGAAGAUGCUGUGCAAUAUAUUGAGACCCACCCAGAGCAAUUCAGGGCGAGCAUCGUGGCAGAUGCAAGCAUUCGCCAGAGCUUUGAGGAAUAUUUGGUGGGCAUGAGAAGGUCAGGCUCAUGGGGCGAUGAUUACACCUUGAGUGCGCUGGCCCUAUGCUACCAGAAGAGGAUUAUUUUGCUGGGGCCAGAUUUCGAAAGGCCAAUAGAGCCAACGGGGCGUCAUGAGACAGAGGAGAUCUGCCUUAUCUACUUCCAACAGCGCGGUGCUGACCACCAUGUUGACCAGUAUGUUGGCCACUAUGAUGCAACUCAGCGUGUUGUUCAGGACACCGUUGAGCGCUCCAUCGCGGGAAGAGAUCAGGAGUUGACGAGAGAGGCGCUCAGCUGCCGCCCGCCUGGUGGCGAUGAAGAGCUCCAAGUGCCUCAGGAUGCCAAGAAUGAGCUGAGGGCCUAUGUCAGGAAGGGUCGAGCCAAAGGCUUACGUUUCCUGACAGACCUGCUGCCGACUCACGAGGCCCUCCGCGAGGCUUUGGCUGCAGAGGCAUUGAUUGACUUCUUGCAAGCGGAUUAUCAGGAAAAGGAGAUCGAAAUGAAGGAGCACCGGAAAGAUUGCAAGAAACUUCGGCUCAAACUUAGCAGAGCUCGUGAUUCACUUCUUGAAGAGGACCAUUGCAGAUGCUCAUCUUAUUUCCAUGCGCUGGAGUUUUACCUGAUGCAGAACCAGCAGCGUCAGCAGGAGCUAAAGACGGUGCUAGACAGGAUUCGUCAGCAGGAGCUAAAGACGGUGCUAGACAGGAUUGAGCGUGGCUUGAGCAGGCAUAGGGCAAACAUGUCUGGUGGAAGGUCGUUUGCCUAUUCCGUCCGCAUCUUCAAGCUUGCUCGCCGGUUUCUUGACACCUAUCGUUCCACCGGGCACAGAAUUGUAGUGCAGCGUCCGGAAGGCUGCGAUGCCGUGCAUUUCGUGCAGACUCUCCGGACGGCUUUUGAAAUGCAAGGAACCCCCCCGAUGUUGGUCAAUGGUGAAAACCCACAGGAGGCUUUAUCCGAACUGAAGGCCAAGGCCAAGACGAAUGGGCCAGUUUUUCUGGUAGCAGCAGCAGACCAGCUGGUCCAGACAAUGCAUCGAUUUCAAGAAGAGAUACAAAACGUCAGCAGCCAGAUAAUAGCUUUUGUGCCCCCCAGCCAGUAUUUUCCCAAUCAAGCUUGCCGUGGCAAACAUUGCGUUUUUGUGAGUGUAAAUGUUUUGAACCAUUGGUGCGUGUACGAGCCCUUGUGGACGUUAGAAGUGCUCUCACUGGAGGAAAAAUGGCAAAAGCCAGACACGGUGACAACUGGAUUGAUGGAUGAUUUGCGGAUGCAAACCCAACGGUUUGUAGAUCUUGGUAGUUCAAGAAGAACUGCGACCAGGGCUCUGUUGAAAUAUUUGCAAACAGAAGCCUACGAAUCUCUACAGCAAUCGCAGCCGCGACGAGAAGACCCUGAUGGCCUGUUAGAAGGCAUUGUGCAAGCUUUGAAGUCUUCCCUGCAGAACCACCGACUAGCAGCAGAGUUUCCAGGCUUUUGGCAGGAAACAACUGUGAAACACAUUGCGACGUGCCUGGCUUUGCUACUCAAGGGAGAAAAAGAGAGGGAGUCACGAAUGCCAUGCACAGAUACACAGAAAUGGUGCACACCCAGCAGACCUCCCUCCACGAAGUCUUUCAUCGAGGUGCGCUCCCAGAAUUCCAUUGAGGAUUUUCGCAAGGGUGUUCAAGAGGUUGAAUAUUUGGUGUUCGAGCCAGGCGAAAUUGACUGCACACAGCCUCGUCCUCUCCGGAAGGCCUAUGUCAUGAUUCGUCUCAAUGCAAAAAAGGUGGCAAAAGUGCGUGCAGAAGAGACUCGAGGCAAUGCAGAACGGCAGGAUUUGGAAAACAACAUUCGUCAGCUAAAGGGAAAUAUUCGUAGCCUUGAGAAGGAGGUAAACUCUUCCCACAGGGCGUCCUUGCAAGGUGACGACGCUAAAAAGCGAGGCCUUGCACGAAAAAUAAAGGAGUUGGAUGGGAAGAAGAGGACACUGGAAGAGAAAGAGCAGCGGCUGGGCGCGAUUGACAAAGAGGCCAACGCAGCAAAGUUGUCAGGCUCGAAGGCUUCUCUGGAAGAAUGGUGUAGCAUGGGCGCCGACCAUGAGCCUUCCAAUCCCCACCCUGUUCAGAACGAAUGGAAGUUUGAGACUUCUCUUGAGCAUUACUUGUGCUUCGUGGAGCGUUUGCCAUUCCAGACCCCUGGUGAGACUGGAUUUGUGGUCUUCGACAAAGGCGCAGUUGGCAAAGGCAGUGUUGAAGGGGCCCAAUUUGUGGCCUGCGCCAGGACACUCAAUGAGGCAAUGCAGGCUUUCACAACGGCCGGAACAUUCGAGGGCCUGUUGAAUGCAGCCAGAGCGAAUAGCAAUCAAUCUAUCAGAAAGAAAGCCGGAAGGCUACAGGAUGACUUGGACGAUGCUGCAGAGUGGAAGGUCAAUGCUACAAUUCAUGAGUCGUCGGAUAAAAAGCACCUGAACAUCAAGGGCAACAUUGGCGGCACCUGGAAACACUAUCAUAUAUAUUGUCAUGCAGUCCCAGGCGGGGCUCACGGGCCGAACAAUAGGACAACCAACAUAUCCUGCAUUCAAGCGCAUGGACCCAAAUCUUCUCACUGGGUCAUCAAGGAUAUCCAGUGGAAUGAGUUUUAUCAAGGACAAUUGCUGCACGCUUACCAAAAAGACCAUGAGGAAGCAGUGAAAAGGAAUCAGGCCAAAGGCAGCAGGGACACCUAGAUUGUACAAAACAGUGCUUGUGCGGCUAGAGAUGGAGGUGCCCACCUUCGAGCUGGGCUUUGUGGUGCUUGUUUGCCCCCAUGGCUGAAGCCGUUGCCCGAUUCCAUAGCAACAGGGCUAGAGGCCAGACCACUGCUCCGUUUUCCAGCCUUUUCCACGUCCUUGCCGAAGGCAGGGCUGCCACGCGGCGCGAAAUUCAGCCUUUCCAUUUUUCAGUGCAAGUGACUCAUUGUGACUCACUUUGCCGGAAGUUGCAAGCCAGUUUCAGCUGUCCAAAGGAUCUGACUUCGGUGAAAGGUGAAGCAGUAAGACCCGUGUGCAUACGACGUGAGGGGCCAACUGGCCAUGUGGCGCAAUGACAAAAGCCCGUGUAAGGCAGUUAUAAGCA